UGAUAUAUACAAAUAUAUAUAAAAUUCUCUAUAUUGUACAAUUGGGUCCAUUAUACAAUAUAUUAUUACAUAAUACAUACCAUAGAUCUACAAAAAAAAGAUGGCCAAAUUGUAAUAAUUGCACAACACCAGUGGCAAAUACAUUAAUCAAAUCUUAUAUAAAUCAUCAUAAAAUUUCAACCAUUCUCAUCACUUAGCUAAUUAGCUAAAAUAAGUUGACUCCUCACACCUCAAAAAAGUUUGUAUCUAUAAUUAUAUAUCUAUGGCGAUGGCUUUCAAGAUGGCGACCGCGUCGAUGUGGGUGACGGACGAAUGUAAGAACUCGUUCAUGGAGAUGAAGUGGAAGAAGGUUCAUCGGUACAUAGUUUUCAAGAUCGACGAAAGAUCUCAAAUGCUGACGGUCGACAAAGUCGGCGGCGCCGGAGAAUGCUACGGCGACCUUGCCGCCGCCUUGCCGGAGGACGGCUGCCGCUACGCCGUCUUCGAUUUCGACUUCAUCACCGUCGACAAUUGCCGCAAGAGCAAGAUCUUCUUCAUUGCAUGGGCUCCAAGUGGAUCAAGAAUUAGAGACAAAAUUCUGUAUGCAACAUCAAAAGAUGGAUUGAGAAAAGCAUUAGAUGGAAUCCAUUAUGAAUUGCAAGCUACGGAUCCAACUGAGAUGGGGUUUGAUGUAAUUAAGGAUAGAGUCAAAUAAUUUACAUUAAUUAAUUACUAAUCAAGAUCGAAAUAUUGUACUUUUAAUUUAAUAAUUCCA